AGCAAGGCAUCGUUUGGAAGGUGUACAGAGAGACACUAAAUAGCGAAGCUAUUUGUUAUUCUAGUAUCUACUAAAUCUUAAUUCCAUGGGAUCCUCAAAAGUCACUCUGAAUCCUAACCGUCCAGUUUCAACACCGAAGGGUUCUCACUUGAGUACACGUGCUGCCUAUCUUUUCUUCCCUUUUUAAUGUUUUGCUUCCAUGCAUGGAAUUCUCCUCCAACUACAGCACAAAAACAAACAGAAACAGUCUUUGUUUUGCUUUCAUUUUUCUCUUAUAGAGCCUUCUUCAUCGCCAUAGUUAGCGACCCCAUCAUCAUCCUCUUCAAAAGAUUUGAUUUUUUCCCCUAAUUUGUUUUCAUUUUUUCUUGUUUUAGCUUUCAAGAGAGGCUGGAUGAUGUCUGUGUACUUGAGAAAUGGGAUUUCUUGGGCCUCUUUUGGUUGGUCUCAUCUUGUACUUUACAGAAACUGUCACAUCUCUAAACGCUUUUGAUUCUCCUGAUCAAUCAAUAGUAUCAAAGAAAAUAAACUUCGUGAUCUGUUUUCUGUGUUUCUUGAUCUGGAUUUGAUUUUUGCUGCUCUCGUCUCUGCUUAGUGUGAUGUUGGGUCUUCUUUCAAUCAUGAAAAUGCUGCAUUUUUGAAGGCUUUUGGUGAGGUAUGAGUUACUGAUCUUGCUUUCUUUACUGGGUAUUUUUCGUUUCGUGCAAUCAGAUCAAUCAUGGAAGCAAAUCAGAAGAAAAAAUUGUUCAUCUGUAAGUUUUGCGACAAGAGCUAUCCUUGUGGCAAGUCAUUGGGUGGUCAUAUUAGGAUCCAUUUGAAUGGGAAUGGGAAUCAAACUCAGGUAAAAGAUGAGGACAUGAAGCUCAACACAAUCAAGUCUUUUGCUGCUUCUGUCAAUGGAAGCAACAUCAAGAGGGACUCCGAGCCUGAAGCGGGUGCCCAAUCUGGUUAUGUUCUUAGAGAGAAUCCCAAGAAAAGUAGGAGAUUUUCGGUGGAUUCAAGCAACAGUAAUUUUCUGCAAGAGAAAGUGUGUAAGGAAUGUGGUAAAGGGUUUCAAUCAUUGAAAGCUCUUUGUGGUCACAUGGCUUGUCACUCUAAGAACAGCUUUGAAGAUUUCUCAGAGCCGACUGAGAAGCUCAAAGAUCAAGUUAUGGAUAGCCAAUCUGAUACAGAGACAUCGACUCCAAGCAAGCGAAGGAGAUCCAAAAGGACGAGGUACAAAACUAUUGGUGUUUACUCUUCUUCAUUAAUUUUGGCCAAUGGUUCUAUGUCUUCUGCUUCUGAAAUAGAGCAAGAACAAGAGCAAGAAGAAGUUGCAAUGUGUUUGAUGAUGUUGUCUAAGGAUUCUAGUUUCAAAGGUUGUUUUAGUUCUAUUGCAGAUUCCUCAGAUAACAAUUCUGUUGUUUUAGAGACCAAAUCAUCGUCUCCCAAAAUGAAAAUUAGCAUAAAGAAUGGUGCUAAUUGUGUUUAUGCUGAUAAUAGGACUUUGGAGAUGAAGAAACCAAAGCAACAGGAAAUGUUAUCUAUUGAAAAUGAUGACUCUGAGAAUUCUGAUUCUGGGUAUUUUAGAAACGGACCCAAGAGGGUUGAAUCUGAUAUUUCUGUUCAUGGAUUUACUGGGAACUCUGAUUUCAAGAAGCACAAAGUUGAAUUUGAGUCUAGAUUUGAAGAUGACUUUGAUCCUGAAUUGGGGAAAAGAUUAAGCAGGUUUAGGCGAAUUAAAAUGGAAUCAAGAGAUUCGUAUGAUGAAGCUGAUGGAGCUCCACUGAAGUAUGAUUCAAGAAAGAGAGGCAACAACGAUUCUUACAAUACUGAAUUUCUCAGCAGCAAUGCUUCAAAGACAACAGGAGGACACAGGACCAGCCAUAAAAAGACCAAUUUUUGUAAUGACAGAGUAUAUGAGAGUGGUGAGAACAGCAUAGGCACUAACCAUCUUCCUAGUUCAUUGCCUACUAGGAUUAGUACUAAGAAGAUCAAAUCUUGCAAUGGAAAGAACCCAAUUGAGCAUAAUUUGUCUGCCAAUUCAGACAAAAAAUUGGGUUUCAGAAAAGCUAAAGUACAUGAAUGCCCAUUUUGCUUAAAGGUUUUCCGAUCAGGUCAAGCUUUAGGUGGUCACAAGAGGUCCCAUUUUGUUGGAGGUGCUGAGGACAGAACAGUAGUGAUUAACCAAGAAGUGUCUGAGAUAUCAAUGCCUGGAUUAAUUGAUCUCAAUCUUCCAGCUCCGGCGGAAGAAGAUCCAAAUGGGUAUUAUAAUAUCCCAACAUGGUAAAUUACAGACAUGGCUUCCGAUGAAGAUUCCAGCGAAGCUAGAGUGUACAGGCAAGUUGGUGAAUGUUUUUGGUUGUUUGCUUCAGAUUCAAGGAUGUCUUAAAGAGGUAACUGUUCAUUCGUUGCUUAAGAAAUGUAAGAAGCAUCAUCUUUAUAUAUAUAUAUAUACAUAUAUAUUUUUUUGCUUGCUAGCUGUAGGAGGUCCUCAAUUUCAUAGGAGGCCCUUUUGGCUUUUGCUUUGGUAAAACAAUAUACUAAAGUUUGUUUCUUUGCUGUUAA